AUGAGUUUAACAUCGCUAAUCACAAGCAGCAGGGAUGAAGUUUACGUAGCGGCGGUGCCACUGAGGGCGACAACAGGGCCUGCCCAGUUGUUUACUUCAACUGCUUACUCUCUCAAUUUGUGGGAUUUGCAGCAUUAUAUGGUCAUAAUCAAACCCUUCAAGUCUCCUCACUCUCAGGCUUUAGUUUAUGAUUUUCAACCUCGGGAUCCUGAAAAUAUAUUAGUUGCAGUUGCAGCAUUAUCUGGUAGAAAAGUACCUGGAGUUGUUCUCAUGAGGAAGCUAGGGAAAUUGCCAAAUAGAAAAUGCUGGUUUGUUGGAUACUCUGACUUCAAUGCUGUUGAUGCAGCAAGCAAAUUCAAUGAAAGAUGGGAAACUGAUCUUCGGAUUGGUCAUCACGACUGUAGAAAUUAUGCCAAUGGACUAGUGGAGUACUUAACAGGCGAGAAAGCUGUGCUUGAGCAUCUGAGAGAAAGCAGUUAUGGGAAGACUUGA